AUGUCGUCCCCGGAAGCAGCCGGCCAAAAUGAUUCCUUCCAGUACCUGGUCUCCUUCGGCCCCGACGCCAAUUGCACCCUCGCCCUAUGCCCCGUCGAAGCCUCCCUCCAGGGCUACCGGCCCGCCUUAGGUGCGCAAAUCGCCUUCAUCGCCCUCUUCGGCGUCUCCAUGCUCAUCCACCUGGCCCAGGGCAUCUGCUACCGCACCUGGUUCUUCGCCAGCAUGAUGGCACUCGGCUGCAUCGGCGAGAUGAUCGGUUACGGCGGGCGCGUUUUGCUAUACCAGAACCCCUUCUCCUUUAACGGCUUCAUCAUCGAGAUCUGCUGCAUUACAAUCUCACCCGUCUUCUUCGCCGCCGCCAUCUACGUCUCGCUCGCCAAGGUCUCGAAUUUUUUGGGUCCCGAAGCAUGCAGGUUUCCGGUCAAGACAUACGUGUGGGUGUUUGUGCCGUGCGAUAUCGUUAGUUUGAUCUUGCAGGCCGUGGGCGGCGCGUUAUCAUCGAGUUCGGUGGGAAGUGACAAAUCGGGCGAGUACAUCACGCUUGCAGGUCUGGCGUUCCAGGUCUUCACUCUUACUAUCUUCACCGCUAUGGCGUUAGACUACCUCUUCCGCUACAAAUCGUACCGGAAGUCUCAGCAAGUGGAUCAACGCCGGAUCCUCUCGACGCGCCUCGGGAUCUUUGGCAUUUUCUUCUCGGCAUCAAUUCUCUUUAUCUUCAUCCGUUGCUGCUACCGUAUUGCCGAGCUCAGUGAAGGAUACAGUGGGUCAGUCUUCCACGAUGAACGUCUGUUUAUUGGGCUAGAGUCGGUGAUGGUGAUCCUGGCGGUGUUCGCUUUAAACAUUGCUCAACCAGGUACGGUUCCGUCCCAAGCAGGGAAAUUCUCGUUUCUCAUACCAGUUGCAGGCUUCGCAUUCCAGAACCGCACUCAGGAGGCCAAUGCAACCUAUGGUCACCAUGUUGAACUCAAAUCCAGCUCCGAGCACAAGUCGUCACAAGUGUUAUGA